GAGAUAAUAAAAUAUGUCAUCUUACACGAGACGGAAAAAUUCCCAGAAGCUUGCUAAUCAUUUUAUCUCAUCUAAGCAUUUUCUAACUGUACUUACAACAUUUGACAAUAUUUUUGGUAAAAAGCAAUUUUAAUUUGCGUAAUAAACUUUAAAAUAUGGAGCAUAUGUAUAAUUUAAUGAUUCAACCUUCAAUCUUCUACGAAUACGUGGAUUUGAAUUUGAAAUUGGCGCUAUAUCAUCAUCAUCACUACUGUCAUACAUCUGGUGUCAAAUAAAGAUGGCUUCCAUAAUAAAAGAAAUCUAAGUAUUAAUACAUUGUUCUGUAAUAUCUAAAAUUAAAUUUUUGUUGUAAUGUCGAAAGCAAAGGUGUCCACAGAAUGGAAGAAACGGGUAAAAUCAGAAUACAUGCGUUUGAGACAAAUGAAACGUUACAAACGGGCAGACGAAGUAAAAAUAGCUUGGAAUCAAAACCGUAAGGUUAUGUCUGACCUUUUAAUAGCUGAACAAAAACGGUGGACAGAUGGAAAAGCAAUGUGGCUUGCAAUGCAAGAUAUACCACCACAUGUAUCUUGUAUGAAAAAGGCAGAAGUGACCAGUUCUGACAAUGAUGUGCAAACAUGUCCUGUUAAGAUUAUUAAUGCAGUCACUCCUAUACCAACCAUGUAUACAUGGGCUCCCAUACAGCAAAAUUUCAUGGUUGAAGAUGAAACUGUAUUACAUAAUAUACCUUAUAUGGGAGAUGAAAUCUUAGAUCAAGAUGGAACAUUUAUCGAAGAAUUAAUAAAAAAUUAUGAUGGAAAAGUACAUGGAGACAGAGAAUCAGGUUUCAUGGAUGAUUCAAUUUUUGUAGAUUUAGUCAAUGCCUUAGUACAAUAUGAAAAAGAAGAUAAGGAUAGAGAACAAACAAAGAAAGGGAAAGAAAAGGAAGAUGAUAGAGAUAAAAAGGAUAUUGCAAUAUCUAGUAUGUUUCCUGACAAAGGUAGACCAGAAGAAUUACGAGAAAAAUAUAUAGAAUUAACAGAGAGAUCAGAUCCAAAUAUUCUACCUCCAGAAUGUACACCAAAUAUUGAUGGAGUAAAUGCAAAAAGUGUACCCAGAGAACAAACAAUGCAUUCCUUUCAUACUUUAUUCUGCAGAAGAUGCUUCAAAUACGACUGUUUCCUUCAUCGACUUCAAGUCUGUCAUCCAGGACCAAAUUUGCAAAAACGAAAGGGACCUGACUUAAAACCUUUUUCUGAACCAUGCGGAAUAGAAUGUUACAUGCAUUUGGUAAAAGCAAGAAUGAUGGAAGGAAUGAAAGAGAAACUCGCUGCACAAGCAGCAGAUAUAAAAGAUGAGGAAAGCGAUGAGAAACGUGGUGGACCCAGAAAGGUGCGGAAACAAGCAAGUGUAGAUUCUGGAAAUGAAGCAAGUAGUGAAGAUAGCAAUGACAGCAAUAAGUACAGUCAAGGAGAUGGUUGUCAAGAUUUUAAACAGAACGUUAAUAAAGAAACAAAAUCUGAAGAAUUAAUGGAAGAUCAAGCUCAACCGGAAAACCAAGCACCGUUUACCCUUCUGGGCCUGGAUAAACGAAUAAAGACAGAAAGUGAAUCUUCAUGGACAGGAUCAGAACAGAGUUUAUUUCGAGCUCUUCAUAAAGCUUUUCCUGGUAAUCCAUGUGCAUUAGCACAGAUAAUGCUAACUAAAACGUGUCAGGAAGUAUAUCAAUUUGCACAGAAGGAAGCAUCAGAUAUUCCAGCAGUCGAAAAUUUGAAAGAUUUCACGCCACCGCGAAAGAAAAAAAAGAAACAUCGUCUUUGGUCAAUGCAUUGUAGAAAAAUACAGCUAAAAAAAGAUUCUGGUGCCAAUCAUGUUCAUAAUUUCGCACCAUGCGAUCAUCCAGGAAGACAGUGCGAUAACUCAUGCCCAUGCAUACAAGCUCAGAAUUUCUGUGAAAAGUUUUGUCAAUGUAGUAGCGAAUGUCAAAAUCGUUUCCCAGGAUGUAGAUGUAAAGCUCAAUGUAACACAAAACAGUGUCCUUGUUAUCUAGCUGUAAGGGAAUGUGACCCAGAUCUGUGUCAAACAUGCGGCGCAGAUCAGUUUCAUAUUACUAAAAUAUCUUGCAAAAAUGUUAGCGUUCAACGCGGUCUUCACAAACAUCUUUUAAUGGCACCAUCUGAUGUAGCUGGCUGGGGAAUAUUUCUUAAGGAAUCUGCGGCAAAGAAUGAAUUUAUAUCAGAAUAUUGUGGUGAAAUUAUAAGUCAAGAUGAAGCUGACAGACGAGGCAAAGUAUAUGAUAAAUAUAUGUGUAGUUUCCUCUUUAAUCUUAAUAAUGACUUUGUUGUGGAUGCUACUCGAAAGGGAAAUAAAAUAAGAUUCGCCAAUCAUUCAAUAAAUCCUAAUUGCUAUGCAAAGGUAAUGAUGGUAAAUGGUGAUCAUAGGAUAGGUAUUUUUGCAAAAAGGGCUAUUCAACCUGGCGAGGAAUUAUUUUUUGAUUACAGAUACGGACCAACGGAACAAUUAAAAUUCGUGGGUAUCGAACGGGAAAUGGAAUUUUUAUAAUGUAAAAUAAAAUUCAACGAUAGUAUAUACAAAGAAUGAAAAGAGAAAAAAGAAAAGAUGUAGAUAAACGAACUACUGAACGCAAAAGAAAUACAAAGAAUGUCAAAGUUUAUUUAGUCCAUGUUACAGUUUUGUUACAAAACAAAGGAAAUAAUAAUAAUAAAAAGAGAGAAAAUACAAUUAUAAACUUCUAUCAUUAAGAUUACAAAAUAUCUUUAUUUCUUCUUAAUUAUAUAUUUUACGAAAUAUUCACAAUAUAAUUGUUUAUCAUUUAAUUUAAUUUUAUUGAAUUAAAAAUGACUGUAUUAAAUAUUGUUUUGUAAAAAAACGAUUAAAGAAUUAUAAUGCAUUACAUAUAUAACAAUACAUAAUAGAGACUAGGAAAUAUAUAUGUAUUUAUGUUUUAGUAGAAAAUGCAUCAGUAACAAUGGCGUCAAUGCAAAAAAGUAUAGAACAAUUUUACAAUAACGUUGUUUACUAAAUAGAGUUAGUAAUAGUGAUCUUCAUAUUUAUAAGAAAUAUUCGCUAUGAAUAAUUUUCACACACAUCCGUCCAAUAUUAUUUUAAUCAUUCUUAUAUACUAUAAUAAAAUAUUCUAUUUUCCAGAAUGAAUUAUAAUCGAAUUUUAUUAAUC